AUGUUUCUGCUGUGCCUCCAAACGCUGGCCGUGGCCUACGUGGCCUGGAGCUUGGUAGCGAUGGAGAUCAAUUAUCGCCGCGCGUGCGUCAUGGGGAUCCCUCUCGUGAGGCUCUGUAUCGACCCCCAGAACCUGCUUUGGGUCCUGAUUGAGCCCCAUCUCUGGCCCUGGCUCGAUCGCCUGCCCAUCCACUGGGGUGAUUUUGGUCGCUACUCGCGGCGCGGAUGGUACUUUGCGGACCGGGGUGAGUCGCAUCGUCGCUACGGUCCCAUCUGGGCGCUGGUCACUCCCAAGGAAAUUUACAUCAAUGUCGCGGACUCCGAAGCCAUCCAUGACAUAUUCCAACGACGGACAGAUUUUAUCCGCCCCGUGGAACAGUAUGCGGUGCUCGAAGUCUAUGGACCGUGUAUCUCCACAGCAAAUUCAACGGACUGGCCGCGUCAUCGAAAAGUACUAGCUACUCCCUUCAACGAGAGUAUUAUGUCCUUCGUAUGGGAUGAAAGCACUGAGCAGACCCUCCAGAUGCUUGGGAUUUGGGCCUCUCCAGGCCUCGAUAAGAUCUCUAGCGUCGCAAAGGACACCCGCACACUCUCAUUGAAUGUCCUGGCUGCUAUAGGAUUUCGCAAAUCGUAUCCCUUCCAGAGUGCUAGUGACAGCUGUCACCAGGAACAAAGGAGCUCUGUAAGUUAUCGUGAUGCCCUGCAGACCGUCCUCGAUAAUGCCAUCUUGUUGAUGAUUAUGCCCCGGCGAUUCCUCUCGUUUUCGUUUGCUCCGGAAUCGUGGCAUCGGUUGGCCAAGGCCGCGACGGACUUUAAGCAGCACAUGGUGCGUAUGCUGGAUGAAGAAGUACAGGCGUUUAACGAGGGCAAGGCUGGGUCGGGUGGUCUAAUGACAUCGUUUGUGCGCGCCAUGAAUCGCAAGCAGGAGGACGCAAUGGGCAAAGCCGAUGAUGCGUCGCCAAAAGGACUGACGACUGACGAGAUCUUUGGCAACAUCUUCGUCAUCAACUUUGCAGGACACGAUACCACGGCUAAUACGCUGAGUUUUGCACUCCUUCUACUGGCCGCAUACCCCAAGGUGCAAGAUUGGGUUGCCGAGGAGCUUCGGCUGUUGGCAGACGCCAGGGGUCAAUAUGUCGACUUUUUCCCCAAGCUCAAUCGCUGCCGAGCUGUCAUGCUUGAAACCCUGCGUCUCUACCCCCCCAUCCCCUCCCUACCCAAAUGGACCAACGACCAGCCGCAACCACUGAAGGUCGGCGAUAAAACUAUCAUGAUCCCACCCAAGGUGGGAGUCAAUCCGAGUCUUCUCACGAUGCACAUCGAUCCCCAGCACUGGGAAGAUCCAUUGGAGUGGAAACCCUCACGGUGGGUCAGAACAAGCAAGUCGGACAUGGCGACCUUGAUUGAGGACGAACAGCUUAUCACUCCGGUGCGGUGCACAUACUUCCCCUGGUCGGACGGGCCACAGAACUGCCCCGGUAAUAAAUUCUCGCAGGUGGAGUUUGUCGCGGUCCUGGCGAGUCUUUUCCGAAAUCACCGCAUCAGUCCCGUGGCCAACGCGGGAGAGACAUUUGAACAGACGCGCGAAAGGGUCCUGGCCACUACGAGGGAUGUUGAUCUGCAACUGCUUCUACGGAUGAAGGAUGCAGAGCAGGUGCACUUGAAAUGCCGGCGAGUCUAA